AUGACCCCAAAGCAUCUUCUAAUUAUUUCAAAGUCAACAUGUUUGUCAAGUAUUUUGUGUCCAAUGGAAAAAUAUCAAUAUUCAACAGAAUUACUAGCGAAUAUAGCUGAUCUUUAUUGGACAGUUGAUGAGAAUAAUAGUGAAAUUAUAUUUGAAUUACAUGUUAAAACAACGGGAUGGAUUGCACUCGGAAUUAGUCCUGCUGGUGGUAUGACAGGUGCUGAUAUUGGUAUUGGAUGGAUUUCAAAUGGUACUGUUUACUUUCAAGAUCGUUAUGCUUAUGGUUUAUCAAUGCCAGUUAUUGAUAAUACAACAAAAGAUUGGUUUCCUUUAAAUGGUAAGGAAGAGAAUGGUUGGACAGCAAUUCAAUUUAAGAGAAAAUUGGAUACAUGUGAUAUAAUGGAUGUAACAAUAAAAUCUGGAACCAAUAUUUUAAUAUUUUCUUAUGGUCUAACGGAUCCUGGUCCAAAUGCACAAAUAGAAUAUCAUACACCAUUAAGACGUGGAACAAAACUGAUACCAUUAUUAUCCUAUGCAAACCCACCAAAAGAAUCGAAAUUUGAAGGUUUAGAUACAUUUGAAUUUCGUUUGAAUAAUUACAUUGUACCCAGUAAUGACACGACAUAUCAUUGUAAAAUCUAUAAAAUACCAACAUAUACACAAAAGCGUCAUGUUAUUGCUACGUUGAUUGCUGAUGAAAAUCGUGAUUUAGUUCAUCAUUUAUUGAUGUAUGAAUGUGAUCCAGAAGCAGAAUUUGAUGAUCAAAAUUUACCUGACGGAGUUUGUGACGAUAUACCUGAAAAAGCUCGAGUUUAUUGUGAAGCCAACAUUGCUAUGGGAUGGGCUGUUGGAGGAGAUGAUAUGGUUGAAUUUGUUCCUGAAGCUGGAUAUCCUGUUGGAGGCGAAUUUCGUGUUAAAUAUUAUUUAAUACAAAUGCAUUAUGAUAAUCCAAAAUCAUUGCCGAGUAUGUUCGUAUAUUUUUUUUGUAACAUAAUGGUUCUCUGCUUUUUGUUCUUUUCAUUGGAGAUGUGUGGACAAAGUGUCUAAAGACGAAUUGAUGAAUCGCAAUUUUCAAGCGUAAAAGUGAUGCAGCAAUUCGCAUUUUACGAUUAUUUUGCGAAUUCGCAGCGAAGUGAUCGAGAAUUCGUAAAACUCGUUCACGAAUUCUUUCAGUACGUUUCAUACUCCGAGUCACAUGAACAUAUCUCUAGGAAUUUUUGGAUCAAUUCUAUGAUAGUUUUCUAAAUUCAUACAUUUUUCUGACCUGAGGACACGAAAGAAUUGUAUCUUCGCAUCGACUCGCAUAGUUCUCAUCACAAUUCGCGUUACUUUUACGAAUUCGUAAAAUACGAAUUGAUGCCAAAGACAAGACACAUUCUCUAAGGUUAAGAAAACUAAAAAUCGCCUAUUUGCAACGAUUCGCAUAGUUCUCACCUGAAUUCGCCGUUACCUUUACAAAUUCGUAAAAUACGACAACUACAACAUGAUAUCCCACUUCACAUCUAAUGAUAUGAUUGUAAUUUCUGCGCAUCAAUUCACAACGAAUUCGUAAAACUGGAUUACGAAUUCGUUCUGUAUCUAGAAAAAAUAUU